AUGCUCAAGUUCAGUCACUGCGUCUUAGUCACACGUGUCGGUGGCUUCUAUGAGGCAAGCAUGCAAGUCCUGUACUUCGAGCAUGCGGACGAAUUUGCGCCCUUGCUGAACAUCAAAAAGUCCAAGAGGAAGGUUUCAAGAGGUAGCAAGAAGCCCGCCGUCUCUAUGGCAGGCUUCCCCGCAUACCAACUGGACCGGUACCUGAAGAUUCUCGUCCAAGACCUCAACAAACAUGUCGCUAUCAGCGACGAGUAUCUCAAUGAUGCACCGACAAAGGCAAAGGGAGAACCACAGUACACCAGGCGAGUGUCGCGCAUCGUUACACCAGGUACACUGAUCGAUGAACAUUUCAUGGACCCAUGGGAGAACAAUUAUCUUCUCAGCAUUUACGUCAAUCCCGAAGUACUUACGCAAGAAAAGGCUGUGAAGGAGAGCCCUGGCAGUUCGAUUGUCUCUUCUGUUCUCAACUUACCCCGUACAGAGGUCGGCCUGGCCUGGAUUGAUCUGUCAAGUGGCGACUUUCUCACACAGAGCACAGACAUCGCGUCCUUGCCGUCCGCAGUAGCCCGUAUCAAACCCCGAGAAAUUGUACUAGACAGCAUCUUUCAAGAGCAGGAUAACUCGCGUUUCGUUUCGAUCAUGCAAGAAGACGGACAUGUCAUCACAUUUCAGGAACCCUCAGAAAAGCCGCUCACUAUCGACGACUGGAUACCGAUGUUGGAAGACGUCGUGGAAGACUUUGACACUGCCAACUUCACUCCCGGUGAAGUCGCAGCAGGAGGCUCGUUGUUACAUUACGUCAAACAUCAACUGCUUGGUUCGAGAACACGACUGCGCGCGCCAGUACGACACCAAGCCGAGGAGUACAUGAGUAUUGACAAGAACAGUCUGAGAGCGCUAGAGAUCCGAAACACGAUCCGCGAGGGUACUUAUGAAGGAAGCUUGCUACAUGCACUCAAGAAGACGGUCACCAAAAGCGGUACCAGACUGCUUACGGAGCGCUUGUCGGCGCCAUCAAUGUCGUUGUCAACUAUCAACGAUCGACUUGACCUCGUAGAGGAGACCAUACAGUACCCGCAGCUCCGUCAGGACAUCAUCUUGCUCUUGGAGCAAACUUUCGAUUCUUUACGAUUGGUGACGAAGUUCACAUAUGGCCGUGGCGACGCGGAUGACCUCAUGGAGUUGUCGAAGACCAUCCUUGUCACCUCCAGUAUAGUAGACGUCCUUCACGAGCACGCAACCUCGAGGAACUCCAUCCCAGUCGAUACAGCUUCAACCACAUCGGAUAUUCGAAGACGACAGUGCGUUUCUAUGUUAGAGCGUCGAUUCGAUCUAGCGCAACCGCUUGAACUCGCAAACCGCAUACAGCAUGCGAUCGACGAAGACGGCCUCUCCGAGUACCACCGCAUGGAAAACGAAGAAGCUGAAGAGAUGUCCGACUUGGCCCAGGAUGUGAUCGGUCGAGAGGCUGGAGAAGAAGAUCUGAAGAGCUUGCCGAAGCGCGUUCAGCCGAAACUUACGAUGAUCACUGGGAGCUUCAAGAGUGCGACCGAUGGACGGGAAGAUGUUCACAUCAUGAAGCGCAAUGCUAGCGCGACACUUGAACGCCUUCACAAGAGCUUGGACAAGAUGACAGAAGCAAAGGCCACUUUGGAACAAGAGAUGCGUCAAAAGAUGGGUACAGAAAGCUUGGUGUUGAAGUGGACCCCGAACCUCGCGCACAUUGCUCACGUUAAGGGCAAGGACGCAGCUCGCGCUACUGCCUUUUAUCCAAGAAGCUUGAGUAGCAGCAAGUCUACCCGCUCAUUCCAAAUCCCGGAGUGGACUUCACUGGGUGCGCAGAUGGACGAGACACGAUUCCGCAUACGAUCAGAAGAACAACGUGUUCUCGGCGAGCUGCGCGAAGGUGUCGUCCAGAACCUUGUGAAACUUAGACGUAACGCCGCCGUGCUCGAUGAGCUUGAUGUCGCAUGCGCAUUUGCUACACUCGCGAUGGAGAAAGACCUCAUCAGACCCACACUGAGUGCAGAGCCAUCGCAUAAUAUCGUCGGUGGUCGGCAUCCUGUCGUUGAAGCUGGCCUCAGCGAACAAGGCCGCAGGUUCGCCCCCAACGACUGCCAACUCGGCGAUAAUGAGCGCAUCUGGCUCAUCACCGGUCCGAACAUGGCUGGCAAAAGUACAUACCUCCGCCAGAAUGCGCUCAUCUCCAUCUUAGCGCAGACUGGAUCUUUUGUCCCAGCGGAGUACGCAGAGAUCGGCCUUGUCGACAAGAUCUUCAGUCGCGUCGGCUCAGCAGACAACUUGUACCAAGAUCAAUCAACCUUCAUGGUUGAGAUGUUGGAGACGGCUCAGAUACUCAAAGAGGCUACACCGCGCUCUUUCGUCAUUAUGGAUGAAGUCGGGCGUGGGACGACACCCGAGGACGGUAUCGCGGUCGGGUACGCCUGCCUCCAUCACCUCUAUCACGUCAACCAAUGUCGUACGCUUUUCGCAACACACUUCCACGCGCUCGCGGAUAUGACAAAGAAUUUCGAGAAGUUGGCUUGUUACUGCAACGAUGUCCUUGAAGAGCCAGACGGCAAGUUCUCAUACGUGCAUCGGUUGAGGAAGGGUGUCAACCGCGAGAGCCAUGCGCUGAAGGUUGCGAGAGUUGCUGGUCUUCCUGAAGAUGCCGUCGCGAUCGCAGCGAAGGUACUAAAAGAACUCAAAGGACGGACGAGCGAUGCUGGGGUGGCUUCGGCAGCUAUCUAG